UCCUCCUGUCCUUCUGGCGGAACGUGCAUCCCGCUGUGGGGACAGCCGAGCAAUGGCAGCACUGCUGAGACCCGCCCGCUGGCUCCUCCGUGCCGGGUUUGCCCCGCAACUCCCGCUCUCCCUGCGCCUCUUAGCGGGCGGCCCAGGGCGGCCGCACGCUGUCCCCUGUCUGCCGGCCGCUCGCGCCGGGUCCGUGGCCGGAGGACUACUAAACCCAGCCAGGCUGUAUGCUAUUGCUGUUGAAAAAAAGAAUGAUAUUCAAGAGGAGCCCACUUCUUCUCUUAGAAGGACUGCCAGUCAAUUUGAUUGGGCCCUAAUGAGACUAGAUAAUUCUGUCCGAAGAACUGGCCGCAUUCCAAAGACGCUUCUACAAAAAGUCUUUGAUAACACAUGCCAUUCAGGCAUCCCAGGUGGUAAUCAAGCCUUGCUUUUACUACGUAGCUGUGGUUCUCUCUUGCCUGAACUAAAGCUCACAGAGAGAACAGAAUUUGCUCAUAGGAUAUGGGACAAACUUCAGGAAUUGGGUACUGUGUAUGAUGUGAGUCAUUACAAUGCUUUACUUAAAGUCUAUCUUCAAAAUGAAUAUAAAUUCUCACCAACUGAUUUCCUGGCGAAAAUGGAGGAAGCAAACAUUCAACCAAAUCGAGUGACAUACCAGAGGUUGAUUGCUGCUUAUUGUAAUGUAGGAGAUAUUGAAGGUGCCAGCAAGAUUCUUGGAUUUAUGAAAACUAAGGAUCUUCCAGUUACAGAGGUGGUAUUCAGUGCCCUCGUUACAGGACAUGCAAGAGCUGGAGAUAUGGAGAAUGCAGAAAAUAUUCUCACGGUGAUGAAAGAGGCUGGAAUUGAACCUGGUCCAGACACAUACCUCGCAUUAUUGAAUGCAUAUGCUGAGAAGGGCGACAUUGACCAUGUUAAGCAGACACUGGAGCAGGUGGAGAAGUCUGAGCUUUACCUUAUGGACCGUGAUUUAUUACAACUUAUCUUCAGCUUCAGUAAAGCUGGGUAUCCUCAGUAUGCCUCAGAAAUUUUGGAAAAAAUAAAAUAUGAAAGAAGAUACAUUCCAGAUGCAAUGAAUCUCAUUUUGCUUUUAGUCACUGAAAAAUUGGAAGAUACAGCAUUGCAAAUUUUACUAGCAUGUCCUAUAUCAAGGGAAGAUGGUCUGAGUGACUUCGGCAGUUUCUUUUUACAACACUGUGUGACUAUGAAUACGCCUGCAGAGAAGCUGACGGACUACUGUAGGAAGUUAAAGGAAGCCCAGAUGCACUCAUCUCCUUUGCAGUUCACCCUCUACUGUGCUCUACUACACAAUAAAGCUGAUUUGGCAAAAGCUCUAAUGAAGGCUAUGAAGGAAGAAGGUUUUCCUGUCAGAACUCACUAUUUCUGGCCGUUGCUAGUUGAACAUCAGAAGAAGAAAAAUGCUCAAGGUAUAAUUGAAGUCCUCAAAGGAAUGCAUGAAUUGGGAGUAGAUCCUGAUCAGGAGACAUAUGUAAAUUACGUGUUCCCAUCCUUUGAAAGUGUGAAGUCAGUCCAUACCAUUUUGCAGGAAAAUGGAUGUCUUCCUAAAAGUGAUACGUUUUCUCAAGCUGAAUUGAGAAGUGAAACAGUAAAUGGGAACUUAGAAUAUGUUUUAUCAUUUUUGAAAUCAAAUACAUUGCCUUUCUCAUUUAAUUCUCUUAGAGGCAGCCUAAUUCUAGGCUUUAGGAGGAUAACAGAAUUGUUGUAUAAGGAUGGACGUUAUUGCCAGGAGCCUCCAGGACCAACGGAAGCUGUUGGCUAUUUUCUUUAUAACUUGAUUGACAGCAUGAGUGACUCAGAGGUACAGGCCAAGGAGGAGCGUUUGAGACAAUACUUCCAUCAGCUGAAGGAGAUGAAUGUGAAAAUUCCUGAAAAUAUCUACAGAGGCAUUCGUAAUCUACUGGAUAGCCACCAUGUUCCUGAAUUAAUUAAGGAUGUUUAUGUAUUGGUUGACAAAGAGAAGAUAGACUCUCGAAAAACUGUGCAAUUUGCAUCAUCUGAUUUGGAGUCUACUCUUGAAAGACUAAAAGCUGAAAACCAACCUGUAGGAGAUGUCCUAAAGCAACUCAUAUUAGUGCUUUGUUCAGAAGAGAAUAUGCAAAAAGCCCUUGAAUUGAAAGCAAAGUAUGAAUCGGACAUGGUUAUUGGUGGCUAUGCAGCUUUAAUAAAUUUGUGCUGUCGACAUGAUAAUGCAGAAGAAGCAUUGAACUUGAAACAAGAAUUUGACCGUUUAUAUUCAUCUGCUGUCCUGGACACUGGGAAGUAUGUAGGCCUUGUAAAAGUAUUGGGAAAGCAUGGCAAGCUCCAAGAUGCUAUUAACAUUCUAAAGGAGAUGAAAGAGAAGGAUGUUCUUAUCAAAGAUGCAACAGUCUUGUCCUUUUUCCACCUCCUAAAUGGUGCAGCUUUGAGAGGUGAAAUUGAAACAGUAAAACAAUUGCAUGAAGCCAUCAUGACUCUAGGGUUAGCAAAACCCUCCUCCAGCCUAUGUUCCCCAUUGGUUACUGUGUACCUGGAAAAGGAUGACUCACCUGCUGCUCUUGAAGCCACCAUUGACUGCUUUAGAAAGUAUAAAAUAUUACCAAGGAUUCAUGAUGUCUUAUGUAAACUGAUAGAGAAAGGCGAGACUGAUCUAAUUCAGAAAGCAAUGGACUUUGUGAGCCAAGAACAAGGUGAAAUGACGAUGCUCUAUGAUCUCUUCUUUGCCUUCCUACAAACAGGAAAUUACAAAGAGGCCAAGAAGAUCAUUGAGACUCCAGGCAUCAGAGCUCGACCUGCAAGACUUAAUUGGUUUUGUGACAGAUGUAUUACAAGCAAUCAGGUUGAAACUCUGGAGAAAUUAGUGGAGCUGACACAGAAACUAUUUGAAUGUGAUAGAGACCAGAUGUACUACAAUCUGCUGAAACUAUAUAAAAUAAAUGGUGACUGGAAAAGAGCUGAUGCUGUCUGGAAUAAAAUGCAAGAAGAAAAUGUUAUUCCUCGUGAGAAGACAUUAAGAUUAUUAGCAGAAAUCCUUAGAAAUAGUAAUCAGGAAGUUCCAUUUGAUGUACCUGAGUUAUGGUAUGAAGAUGAAAAAGAUUCCCAGUAUUCUUCACCAUCUACUUCACCAGUAGAAAGCGAUCUCCAAAAAGAUGUGUUGAAAGCCUGCCAAGACAAGAACAACACAGAUGCGUAUGAUAUUUUCCUGAAAGCACAAGAGCAAAAUGUCGUGUUUAAGUCUAAAACUUACAACAUUCUCAUAAAAUUACUUUUGUCGAAGGAGUGUUUAGCACAAGCAAUACAUGUGAAAGAUUUCGCUGAGACCCACAUCAAGGGCUUCACACUGAACGAUGCUGCCAACAGCCUCCUCAUCAUAACGCAAGUUAGGCGGGAUUAUUUGAAAGAGGCUCUAACAACACUAGAAACAGCCUUGAAUCUGAAGCAGAUCCCUUCUAAGGUAGCCGUGACCCGCCUCAUCCAGGCAUUUGCCUUGAAGGGUGAUGUAGAAGGCAUAGAAGAAAUUCAGAAGAUGGUAAAUGGACUUGAAGACUCAAUUGGACUUUCAAAUAUGGUUUUCAUCAAUAACAUUGCUUUGGCACAAAUAAAGAACAAUAAUAUAGAUGUUGCGAUAGAAAACAUUGAAAAUAUGCUUACUUCAGAGAAUCAAACUGUGGACCCCCAGUACUUUGGUUUGUCAUACUUAUUCAGAAAAGUGAUAGAGGAGCAGUUGGAACCCGCAGUUGAAAAGAUAAGCAUCAUGGCAGAGAGACUGGCGAAUCAGUUUGCGGUUUACAAACCUGUUACUGACCUUUUCCUUCAGUAUGUGGAAGCGGGCAAGGUGGACGAUGCCAGAGCUCUCCUACAGAGAUGUGGUGCAAUUGCUGAACAAAUCCCAAUUUUCGAGGUGUUCCUUGUUAGGAAUUCUCGGAAACCAGGAAAGGCACCAACUCUGCAAUCUUUGUUAGGACUGAUUCCUGAAUUGGCUGACAAGGAAGCAGCAUAUACCUCCCUCAUGAAAAGCUAUGCCUUGGACAAAGAUGUCACAUCUGCUAAAGCGCUGUAUGAACAUUUGACUGCAAAGAAUGUAAAAUUGAAUGACCUGUGUCUAAAGCGUUAUGCAUGCUUGCUGAAGAAUGCUGGAGAGCCUGUCCCUUUCCCUGAGCCCCCUGAAAGCUUUGAAUUUUAUGCAAAGCAGCUAAAAGAAUCAAAGGAAAACUCUUUGUGAAAUAAGUAAGCACUACUGGGUUUUGUGUGUAUUUGUGAUUCUUUGUCUAUAUGUUAUUUUUAAAUGUAUUUGAGAGGAAAAAUAAAUAAAUGAAAAAUUCCUUUGUUUAUGUA